UUUUGUCAAAAUUGUGUUUUGUUUUUGUAUUUUCUCUUUGUGUUUUAGAAUGGAUAUUGAAAGUAGAGGAACCCAAACGACAAAAUCGUAUUUAAAAAAACAGGAAAUCAGCACGCUACAAAAAGAAGCAGUAAAUCGACUGACUAAACGCGAGUACGACAAAGAGCAAAAUAUCGUCACUAUUCACAGUUGUGAAUUUGAAAUUUUUGGUAUAGUGCAGGACGUUUCGUUUCGACGUUAUACUCUGCGCCGGGCUCAAAAACUGGGUAUUCGUGGCUGGUGCAAGAACACACAAAAUGGUACAGUUAAGGGAGUAAUUCAGGGACAUCCUAGCAACUUUGAGGCUAUGCGCAUUUGGUUAAAGUAUACUGGCAGUCCCACGAGCCGCAUCGACAAGUGCGUUUUUGGUCAAAUCGAAGAAUUGAAUGAUUUUACCUACGCAGACUUUACCAUAGUUAAAACUAUCAUUGCCUGAUACAGAUGUUGCAUAAAUAAAGCCGGUUUAUAAUACAAACA